UUCAGAUUUAGUAGUGGCUUAAUAUUAUACAACGCUACAAAAAAUGGGAUCUAGUAACAGCACACUUGGUAAUGUGUCCAAGGAUGAGCCACUACAAAGAUUUGUAGGGACUGAUGGAAUACCACCUAACAGUGAAUAUUGGAGGGAAUUUUUGUCUUCUGUUGGCUCAACAACAAAAAGCAGACUUUGAAAAAGCAAAUAAAAGUUUACUAAAGGAUUUGAAGAAAAAUAACUUUCACUCUCGUAACAUUCCCAAUCUCACGCAAUUUCUUAUAUCAAAGAUGUCAGAAUUAAUAGCCUCACCAGACAUAAUCGAAGACACAGUAUUAAUUGCUCAAAAUGGACUACUUAUUCUACGUUUAUCGGUGAAGUACUUGAUGGAGCACUGCUCUGAAGCUAGAUUUUUCUCUCACUUCUCUGUUAAUUCUCCUGAAGGUCCUCAUUGUUUGUCUGUAAUUGAAUGUUUGUUCCCUGUACUUUUCAGGCUCAUAACUAAUCUGCCUAUCCAAGACAAUACUUACUUGUUGCAUUGCGAAGCUCAUUUGUUGUGUAUAGUGUUACUCUCUAGACAAAUGUAUAAAGAACUAUCGGCUCCUCUACCACAAGUCUACGUUUCUGUUGUCUGGGGAAAGUGUGCAUCUCUUGCUCCUGCCUUAGUUUACCGAUUAUUGUCUAACUUUUCUGAAAAUCGUCCUGUCCCAACACUUUUACAUGGCUUUGAACAAUAUAGUUUAAUAUGGCGUGCGGCGUCGUCUAUUGCAGGUAGUUUAGUUACAAUCGUCACAUUUGGUGGUUACUUUAGUCGCACUGCCAAUAGUUCAACAAAAUCAGAUAUACAGAACAGUCCGCAUGUUGCAGUUGUUGAACCAGUAAAAAAUAAUGUUUCCACAGAUCUUUUAACAUCAGAAUCAACUAUCAAAUCAAACGAACAGUGUCAUCUAUUGUCAAAUGUCAGCUCACUACUUUUAUUGAUACUUACUACUCAGGCUGGAUCUAUUGAGAAGACUGUAUCAACUUAUUCAGAAAAUAAUAAUAAAGAUUCGAAUUCUUUAGGCCGAAAUCCAUAUCGAACAACACUUUUUUCUUUACAAGAUGAAGUUACUCAAAAAAACCAAGUUGAUUCAAUAAUGGAUACAACUCACGUGCUGCCAAAGUCAACCCCUCGAUUACAGCCAGGUGGUGCUACAUUAAAUGGACAUUUAAACAUAGUUACUCAAUCAUCAUCACCACAAAUAAAUUUCACUGCUAUCUGUGAUACAGCAGCUUCGACAUUGUCUCAGGAUAGUAGCCCACUGUUAUUGUACCUUUUAGUUCAUCGAAAUACAAACUUUCAUUCGUUCAUUAUGCAAGAGCGGGGUUAUGAGAAAGUGCUUCCACCAUUAUUAAAUAUUCUAUAUAAAUCCCAAUCACAUAAUUCACAUCUUGUCUACAUGGCAUUAAUUCUGUUGUUGAUAUUUACGGAAAAUGAACAAUUUGGACGCGAUAUUCACACAUCAGAUAUUAAAUGGGUUCAGUGGUCAACAAGUCGUCGACUUUCGAAUGUUUCAUAUGGAAGCUUAACUGUAUUAGUUCUUUGUCGUACCAUUCAAUACCAUUUGAACCAAUUGAAGGACAAAUACCUUCAUGUUAAUAUUUUGGCAACUCUAGCAAACUUAUCCCCCCGAAUUACUAAACUUCAUCCUCAUGCAUGUGAUACACUAGUUGGUUUACUGCAAUUAUUGAUCAAGCGUCAUAAUAAAACGGUGGACAUUUUGCGUAAAAUGUCUGAUGACAACCAAUCACAAUCGGCUGCCGAAAUCACUAAACUUCUAUCAAAUACAUCACUUAUAUCAUCUGAUACACAGGAAGAAAUGGUUCGUUUUUGUUGUUUUAUGAUAUGAAAAUAUGGUUAAUGAGAGUAUCGUUCAGGUGGUCGUGGCACCGUAUAUUAUGUCACAUUCGUUGAUUUCAUAAACUUUUGAUCCUUUCUGUUGUGACUUUAUGUCCGGCUAGUUACCACAUGAUUUAUCCGCUGAUGAAAAUACGACUUAUACAGUCUUAGCACGGUGCCAAAGCAAUGACGUUCAACCGGUAUGAGCAGCCUAGCGUCCUUAUUGGUUCUAUGUUCGCCUAGCCCGUCCAGUUGAGUCCAGAACACCAAUACCAGCUUCUAGUAUGCGAAUCGAAUCGAAUCAUUUAUUUCAGACAUACUGGGUCUAUAUAUCAAACAAACAAACCGCAACGCACCAUAAAAUAAGAAAUAACAUUUGUACACAAUAAGGCCAAAAAGUGGUUGUGAACGUGGGAGGAAGUAGUCAAUAAACUGAACAUAGCUUAAGAACAGUAAACCGUACAAAAAUAACUUAUAGAACAAAAUAAAGCUAAUGAUAAGAGGAAUAUAAAUAUACAUAAUCUAGUUACUGAAUAUUUAUACCAUGAGAAUAUAUAAAUAAUAUUAGUCCAUUAAUAGGUCUCAAACGUUACUCGUAAUGUAAUCUUCACUAGGAUAUAACACUUUCUAUGUUUACUCAUUAUUUUCAUGUAAUUAUCUUACGAGUAGUAGUGUUAUAACCUUCGCUUCGUAUAGCGCUUUGUUACUGAACGUGCGUAGAAGAUACUAGUUUCUAUGUGAUGAUGCACAUUUUAACAUUUCGCACAUAUAAUUUUAUUCAACAUAUUCGUAGUUUUGCUUAGUUACAGAACAGGAAUAAUCAUCUACUAAUAUCCUUAUCAGUAGUAAGUUGAAAUAUCAGUUUCGCUGAAUGUCUGACCUUGUUAAGUCGUUUAGAAUUCAAAGAAUAAACGUUUGUAUCUUCUUAAAGUACAAAUAAAGCUAAUCAAAUUUCUUCACAAAAUUACUGAUUUCGUAUUUGUGUUUUAAAAUGAAUUUCAUCAUUUAACCUCCUGUAUUUAUAGUUCAACGUGUGUAAUGAAGGUCUUUGUUUAAUUCCUUACAGCAAAACAAUUAAUAUUAACUUAACGUUCAUUUGAAAAUUACCUAUCACAGACAGGUUUUGUCUAUCUCUAAUACUUUUUCAGUUGUUACCCUCGUUACGAUAACCUACGACCAAUAUCUGUUUUUUUUUUGUAGGUUCAAGAAUUAGCCUUACUUGA